CAACUCGGCUAAGCUGUAGUUUAGAAUUUCCUUCUAGAUUUUUGCUUUUGGGGUUGCUAGUUAAUUUUCACGUUUACAUAUACAUUUCUUUUAUUAUUAUUACUCUAUUUUCGCUUGCUUCAUUUAUUUUAGCUCUAAAUCCAUGGGAGAAGAUAGGAAUGUCUCAAGGAGGAAGGAACUUUGUCUUGUGCAAGAAGGCGGUGCACCCGCAGAAGUCAGAAGGAAGGUCAGAGAUUAUAGCCCAAAAGAACAGUAGGUGGAAAGCGUGGCUCAAUAAGUCCUUCAGUUUCAAGAUCUUAACUCACUGAGAGAUUAUACACAAAUUACAAAGAAUUUUAUGUUUUAUAGUUUAGACUAUGUCGAGCUGUAAAACAACAAUCAUUGAAUGAGAAACAACUCUCAAUAUAAGGACCCUACCCACUCAACCAAUAAUUUAAGUUAUGCGAUUCAGGCUAUAUUUUACAUAAUUACAAAUUAGGCACAAGAGGGGGGUGUGUUCUCUUUUACCACAUUCCAUAUCAGUUUCAUUGUUGUCACAUUCUGUGGAGGGGAUAAGCAUCCGGACAAAAGAGAUUGUUAUCAUAAAUGUAAUGUGUUCUA